AAUCUUGAACCUGCAGUCGUUUUCGGGAACUCAUCCGUUUAUGCCAUAGCGCAAGUUGGAAAAUCAAAAAAUACACUUCGUAAAGCCUUUUGGAUUAUUUUUCUGUUCAUGGCGCUAUUCAUUUGUAUUCGCCAAAUUUAUCCCUUUAUAGUUGUGUAUUCACAAUAUGAUGUUAUCGUCGAUUUUCAAGUCGAACAUAAGUGGAGCUUAGAAUUUCCUGCUGUAACUGUUUGCAAUUUGAAUCGAAUGAAAAAACCAUAUAUUUUGUGCUUGAAACCAAAUAUUCCAAUGCACUUUUGUAUGAAUGGGGAGGCAGCGAAGCACUAUAAAUUCACUCUGUCUGAAAGAAAUACAAUAACAUCAUGCAAAGCUCUCUUGUAUGGAAAUAGCAGCAUCUCGGAUGACUCAGCACUUCCAUUUUUGACAAGAUAUUCUCUUUUGGAUAAAGAAAAGCGUAAAUCAAUAGGAGAGCAAGCCAGUAGCUUCAUACGUAGCUGCUCGAUAAAUGGCGCAAUUUGCUCUAUUGAAGAAUUUUCUUUCGUGCAAAGUUUCCGCCAUGGUAAUUGCUAUACUUUUAACAAACGAAAGAAAAAUGAUUUGAAUCCCUUUGUGUCUUCAAUGAAUAAACUUAAUUUAGGUUUGGAGCUAGUUUUGGAUUUGCAUCUUAAACAAUAUAUGAGAGAAACGCAAGCAAUUGGAGCAAAGAUAUUAAUACAUCAUCCAAAAGAUGAACCAAAUAUAGAGGAAGAAGGAAUUACAGUUAGUCCAGGAUUUGAAACUUCAAUAAGUAUGUCAAAAAUGCAGAUCGUAAGACUACCAUAUCCUUUUAGAGAUCAAUGUAUUCAUUAUGAACUUGAUGAUAAAAAUCCUUUCUGCAACCAACAGGACUGCGUCAGAAGUUGCAUACAAAAUUUUAAUAAACUGGCAUGUGGAUGCACAGAUCCAACUAUACCGAAAGCAGAUGAUGCAAAACCUUGCAAUAUUUCCAAUGCCACAGAUGUUUGUUGUCUUGAUAAGGUUUUGGAAGAUCUAACCACAGACAAAUUUACUUGUGACUGCCCAUUUCCUUGCCACUCUGUUGAUUACGAUAUCAAACUUUCCUAUGCAAAAUGGCCAUCAAAUGCAUUUGGAUACUCUCGGAAAUACAAUAUGCUAAAGAAAAAUAGAAAUAGCAUUGCGAGAAAUCAGGCAGCGAUAAAAAUAUAUUUCUCCGAUUUCAGACUAACGUCGUUUUUUCAAAAGCCUAAGUAUGAAAAAUCGGAAAUCUUCAGUCACCUCGGUAGUGAACUUGGUUUGUGGUUAGGAUUGUCACUUUUUGCGACGCUUGAAAUAUGUGAGAUUUUAUGGCUAAUUGUAAAUUACUUCCUCAAGAAGUUUUUUACUUUCGUAGGAAUUCGAAGGCAAUAAAAUUGGAUGUAGAUACAAGCUCAAAUAUUCUAUAUGGUUAAAAAAUUUCAGAAAAAUUUUUAGUCCGAAAUAUAAUGAGCAAGACUUUACCGUGCAAUGUAUUUCUCAAGAAUUACCGCUUUUAUUCAUGUUUAAUAAGUGUUGAUAAUGUUGUAUGCGGGUUGUAAAGAUUUUUACCGUUGCUACCGAAUUCGCUUGCAGUACAUUUACUAUCUAUUUGAAAUAUAAUAAUUUUUGCGCAAAAUGAAAGACAGUAGUACAUGUGUCUUGAAAUUCGAAAGAAAAGUUGCACAUUUAUUUAAAACCAGAUUUAUACUGUUGAAUUGCGCGUAGAACUCAACACUUCUGAUUAAUAAUAGGAUAUUCUCAGUUCGAUGCUAGUAUUAAGAUUUGUUGAAGAUUUGGAGAGAAGGGAGAUAAUUACUAUCAUUUUGUCAACUCUAUUAUUUUUCUAUCAUCUAUAACAAAUACCAUCCAUUAUGAAUGGAUUGUUUAGUGUAUAUUGUGACGCUAAUUGUCAUCUGUUCUGUAAAUAUAUUACUAUGAAACAUUCGUC